AUGCCAAUUCCCUCUCCGCCCCCUCCAAUGCGGUUUGUGCCGAACGGGGUGGGAGGCGGAGGUGCGCGGGAUUUGACUGCUGUGAAGGAACCGAACUUUGAGGUGCUUGAGACUUCAUCCCCGGUUCCGGCACGUGUCAUCCACAACGCGCCUGCAUCCGCCGUGCCUUCAGGGACGCAGCGGCCCGUAGAAGCACCACCGUCCACGCACGCCACCGGUGCGCAACACCACCCUAAGGCCGUCCAUUCGCCUCCACUUGCUUGCCCCGCUCUCGCCAUGACGUCAACGCCUGCCUCCUCAUCCUCCUCCUCGUCCUCGCAGCAGGUGGCGCAGUUGUGGCAGCUCGUGCAGGACCUGACCGCUGAAAACGCCGUCCUACAGCAGCGGGUGCGGGUGUUAAUGGAGGGCGAGACCCACGAUGCCAUACUGCCAGGCAUGUUGACUGCCCCCUCCUCACCCGAGGAGACGGAGGCGCUCCUGCUACGCGUACGACGUCUUGAGGCGGCGCUUAAGGUAGAGGCAAUGGAACGCGAGGCAUUGGAGGUGCGGCUGCAGGCCCAAGAGCAAGUCCUGACACGACUGCUGAGGCGAUGA